AUGACAUCAGCUCCCAGCCACAAUUCGGAGCAGGAAGCUGCUUAACCGCCAACACCUAGUACCAACAACACAGAAGAAACUGCAUCACCAAACCUCACCAAACAACCCCGAAUUCCUCCCGGCAUCACCUUCCAAUUCAGAACCCUACCAGUCGCUAACUUGUGUGCGUCGCUCGCGUGCAGCACCCUCCAAAAACCUUCAACAGGCAUCCGAGCUAGCUAGCUCCUUUUUCAACGCGCUCGAAAGAUUAGCUGAUUAGGUAACCAAUCUUCAACAACAGCUUGCGUUUUCGUAUAUAUCCCAGCUUUUUGGCACGCAUGGAUCCCUUGGAUCCUUGCCUCUGCGCAGAGCGCGUAUCAGGGUGCACUGCCCGUCCUCCAUGGCUCAAGCUCGCGUUGCGCUCGCGCUGUGCGUCCUGCUCGUCCACGGCGUGGCCCGGAGAGCCGAGGCGGUCUCGUACAACGUCGGGAACAGCGCGGGGUGGGAUCUCAGCGCCGACAUCCCGUCAUGGGUCGACGGCAAAACCUUCUACGUCGGCGACGUUCUAGUGUUCCAGUACUCCAAGUACAACACCCUGGACGAGGUCGACGAGGCGGGGUUCGGGAACUGCAGCGCCGCCAACGCGCUCCUCUCCAGGAGCGAUGGCAACACGACGGUGCCGCUGACGGCGCCCGGCGAUCGGUACUUCAUCUGCGGCAACCAGCUGUACUGCCUCGGCGGGAUGAAGCUGCACGUGCUGGUCAACCUGCCGCCGGCGCCGGCCGGGGCUCCGCAGGCGAACCCUGUGGCCGCCCCCGGGCCCAGCACCGACGACGCGGGCAUGCCUGGGCUCUUCUUCGGCGGGUCCCACCAGACUACGGUGGGGCCCGUUCUGGUGACGUGGAUGUUCGCAGUCGCAGCAGUUCUGUUUGUAUGAAGAGUCGGCAUUGUUUACACACUCGCCGACUAUUUGUUAGGAGCGGAUGUUCUAAACUGGUUUGUUAGGAGUUUGGGAAAAAAAUUCUAUGCAGCACUGCUGCAAACUCUCCUUCGUGCAGCACCUCACCGAUUCACACCA